AUGCCGACCGCCGUCUCAUCGCCGUCACCGCCUCGCCUGUCGCCGCCUCUAGCCCGGAGCGUCGUUUCGCUGGCGGCGCUUCUGCUGCUUCUCGCGGCCCCCAGCAGCGCGCCCCCUCCGGACGAUGGUCCUUCCCGCCAGCAGCAGCGGGAGGCGCAGUACAUCGUGGAGCUGCGCGGCGCCCCCCUCGCCACGUACCGCGGACACCUCCCCGGCUUCCCCGCCACCGCGCCCAGGGACGAGGGGGUCGACCCGCACUCCGCCUCCCCCUUCCCCUCGACUCAGGGCGACCUGCCCCAGGGCGACCCGCCCAAGAGGGAGCAGAAGCAGCAGCAGCAAUGGCGGCAGCGGCGGCGGGGAAUAGACAUGAGGGCGGGGCACGUGAGGGCGCUGAGGCGGGCGCUGCAGCGGCAGCAGGAGCAGGUGGCGGCGGACGCGGGGGUGGCAGCAGCGGGCGUGCUGCUGCACGUGCACACCGUGGCCCACGCCUUCGCCGCUGCCCUGUCCCCCCGCCAGGUGUGGCGCCUCAAGAGGCACCCCGCCGUGGCCUCCGUGCGCCGCAGCCGUGUCUUCCACGCCCCCGUCGCCCCCACCAUGCCUCUCUCGCGUGCUCGCCCCACCCCUGCGUCGAAUGCGUCUGCCUCCACGGCGUCUGCCUCGCGCACGUACGAUGCAGACGCCGCCUCCUUCAUGGGGCUGCCGGGGUCGCUGUGGCAGCAGGCGGGCGGGCAGAGCAGCGCGGGCGCGGAUGUGGUGGCGGUCACGGGCAUGCCGGCAGGGUGGCAGGGUGCAUGUGACACGACGCCAGACUUCACGUGCAGCGGGAAGAUCAUCGGUGCGCAGCGGCUGUAUGCAGCAGCGCAGCAGAGCGGCGGGGCGGACUUCAGUGUGGAGUAUGACUCUCCGCGCGACAUGGAUGGCAGCGGCACGUGGGCCGCAGCGUGGGUGCCCAGGGGAGCAGCGGUGGGCAGCGCGGUGACGUGGGCGGACGGAGCGCACACGAGCGGCAUGGCGCCGGGGGCGAGGGUGGCGGUGUACAAGGCGGUGUGGGCGGGGUACGGGCACGAGGCAGACGUGCUGGGCGCUGUGGACCGCGCCGUGGCGGACGGUGUGGAUGUGCUGUGCCUCACUGUGGGCGGCUUCAAGGGCUCCCUCGCCACCUACUUCACUGACUCUGCUUUUCUCAGCGCCCACGCUGCAGGCGUGGUGGUGGUGAUGGGGGCGGGUGACUGGGGGCAGCCCAACUUCUGGCGGCUGCUGGGGGCCUACAUCCGAGUCAUUGACAACUUCUCGCCCUUCUACCUCACUGUCGGCGCCAGGUGGGCUCUCAGGGGCGCCAGGUGGGUUCACUGUGGGCGCCAGGUGGGUUCAGUGAGGGCGGCUGUUGUGAGAGUUGUGAGCACGAUUGCAGGGGAGGGGGGCUUGUCAGGAGCGGACCCUGCUCGCCACAUCAGCACAGCCUUGACAGCUGCUGCCAGCAGUGGCAGUGACUUCAAUGCGACAGCACUGCCAUCAUCAUCAGCAGCAGCAGCACAGCCAGGCCCCACGGUGGCGGCCUUCUCCUCAGCGGGCCCGCUGGUGUGGCCGUGGUACCGGGUGCGCCCGCCCUUCCCCACCAACUCGCUGCUCAAGCCCGACCUCCUCGCCCCGGCCGUUGACCUCUGGUCCGCCGCCCCCGCCACCACCAUUGGUGCCCCUGGGGACCUCAUAAACCGCACCGGCACGUACCUGGCGGCACCGCUCGUGGCAGGCGUUGCAGCAGUGCUGGUGCAGCUGCGGCCUGGGUGGUCGCCCGCACAGGUGAUGUCAGCGCUCAUGACGUCCGCACGCACCACCACGGCGCAAGGUGCGCCCAUGCGCACAGCGGGGGGCAGGAAGGCGACGCCGUGGCAGACGGGGUGCGGGGUGGUGCAGGCGGCGCGCGUGGCGGACCCCGGGCUGACCUUUGAUGCCAGCGAGCACCACCUGCGCAACUUCCUCGCGGGGCAGAGCUGGUUCCGUGCGCGCCGGCUCUUCCCCGCCGCUGCUCUCUCGCGCCUGCCCCCGCGCAACCUGAACCGCCCGUCCAUUGCGCUGGGGCGCGCCAAGGGCGUCACCAUCAUCCUGCGCACCGUGACGAGCGUGGCGGCUGUGGCGUCCACUUACACGGCCUCGGUGGUCAACCCCUGGGGGGUCGUGCUGACAGUGAUGCCGCGGCGAUUCACGAUCGCGCCUGGCGAGAGUGUGACGUACAGGGUGGUGGUGCGCGUGGUGGGCAAGUCGAUGAACUUCUUCUACGGCAGCAUCACGUGGCGGGACGAGGUGGGCCAUGUGGUGCGCUCACCCGUGGUGGUGCAGCCGCAGCGCCUGCUCAAGUGGUGCAUCGGGUGCACCAAGGAUGGGGUCAUCAAGUGGCCUGGCGGGCCGCCCUAG